AUGUCCAGUCAUGUGCCCGCCGUUACCGCCCCUACAUCCUCUACAACUCGCGAAAACUCGGCACGUAACGAUGCUCGCACCUCCUCGAUGCCCGAAUCAAAACCCGUCCCAGUGAAUCGCAAAAAACAGAAGCGAAGAGAGAAGGCGGCUCGCUUAGCGGCGGAGCGUCAAACGGCAAACGGACAUGCGCCGAGUGACACAUUCGACGUCAACGGCUCCGGCUCGACGGUACAUGAUAGCCAUGCAUCGCACGAACAAAGAAGUGGCGGUGACUAUAACACAAGUGAGGGAAUGUUGAAUGGACAUGGACACGACAUUCAACAGCUCCCACAUCCGUCCGAAUACGACCUGCAAGGAGCGAUGGGCCGGAAAUCCAAGAAGAAACGAGGAAGGAAGGUUCGUAAUGGUUCGCAAGCAAGCUCAACUCCGCUGUCGACUCCGUCAAUAUCACUAUCGAACGCUCUACCCCCGCCUUUACCCCCGCAUUUCGGGUCCCAGUCCUCUUCGAAGAUGAUCAAAGAGCGCAGUAUCUGGAACACUUCGACACAAGAAGAGCGGGAGAAUAUUAAGACCUUCUGGCUAGAAUUAGGCGAGGAGGAACGGCGCCAGCUCGUCAAAGUGGAAAAGGACGCGGUGCUGAAGAAGAUGAAGGAGCAGCAGAAGCAUUCGUGCAGCUGUACUGUGUGCGGUAGGAAACGGACGGCGAUCGAGGAGGAACUCGAAGUCCUUUACGAUGCGUAUUACGAUGAGCUGGAACAGUACGCCAACAACACUCAAGGGACAUUCGAACGAGGACCUGCGAUACUUGCACCUCCACGACUUUACCAACCGCCGCUGCGGCCUCCCGGUCAACAUACCCACACACACGGCCAGUUUCAUCCUUCACGAGGUCGAAUCCCUGAACCGCCCGAAGAAGACGACGAAGAACUGGAGGAGGACUACGACGAAGAUGAAGAGGAUGAUGAGCCGUAUAGUGACGAGGAGUAUGAAGAGGAUGAAGGGGCAGCCGCGCGCGCCGACUUUUUCGCAUUUGGGAAUAGUCUAACUGUCAAAGGCCUGGGGCUGAUUUCGGGUUCUGUCUCUGCUUCAUUACAUUCAGAUGGAAUUCUCACAGUUGCAGACGACCUAUUAAAAAAUGACGGAAAACAUUUUAUCGAUAUGAUGGAGCAAUUGGCGGAGCGCCGCAUGCAGCGCGAGGAGGACACGCAAUACGGCAUAGCUGCAGCACACCAAUCUCUUCACAGCGAUCAUAACCAUGGUCCACUCGACGAUGAGGAUUACGACGAUGAGGAGGACGAGGACUACGAUAGCCAAGAGGAGGAAGAAUACGAGGAAGAUGAGAUGGACGCCAUGACGGAAGAACAACGCAUGGAAGAGGGCCGACGCAUGUUUCAAAUAUUCGCAGCUCGAAUGUUCGAACAGCGAGUGUUAACAGCCUACCGCGAGAAAGUAGCUGAACAGCGCCAGCAGAAGCUAAUCGAAGAGCUUCUGGAAGAGGAGAACCUGAACGAGCAACGAAACGCGAAGAAAGCUAGAGAAGCCCAAAAACGAAAAGACAAGAAGAGACUGGCCAAGUUAGCCAAGGACGAAGAGAAGGCUCGAAGAGAGGCGGAAAAGGCCGCGGAGGAAGCUGCCGCCAAAGCCGAGCAGGAGAGGAAGCUCGAGGAACAGCGGAAGAAGAAAGAGGAGCAACGGAAGAAGCGGGAGGCCGAGCGGAAAGCUCAGGAAGAAGAGCGCGCUCGUAAAGAGGCCGAGAAGCACAAACGACUGCGAGAGGAACGGGAAAGGCAGGAGGAAGCUGAACGGAGGCAGCGCGAGCAGAAAGAGCAGGAGAAGAAGCGACGGGAAGAGGUUAGGCGAAAGGAGCGCGAGGAGCGUGAAUCGAAAGAGCAGAAGGCCAAGCAGGAACGAGAACGAAAAGCCCAGGAUGAACAGGCGAGGAGAGAACGGGAUCGACUUGCGCAGGAACCAGGCAAACGGGCACCGGGACUGCAUUCCGUGCCAGGACAUCAGUCAUCCCCGCUUCCACAGUCUGCGAUGCCUGUGGUUCCCAAAGCUCCAACACCCGCCAAAGGUCGACGUUCUUCCCAACAGGGUUCACAUAGCUCGUCUCCACGUUCUCAGUCAGCCAGCGUAGAGGCGUCCCAGGUCUCCCCUCGGUCGGUUCCUCUAUCCCAUUCAUCAGGAUCAUCCUUCUCCAAAUACGGCCCUAGCCAUCCCGUCCUCCAUCCUCUUCCGGGAACACCCAUGUCUCCUCUGGGUCGAAUUCAUCCUCCUGGGCUUUCUCCAUCCAACCCCCCUGGACUGUCGGGCUUGGUUCCUCGGCCUUCAAUGGGACAUGACUUACCCACGUACCCGCCGCAUUCGAGUCCGUACAUGAACCAGCUCCGUGGAUUCCCUGCUCCCAACGGCAUUCCGGUACCUCCAGGGAUGAACGGGGCACGUCCAAUGGCCCCGGGUCGAGGAUUCCCUCUUGAUCCGCCCGGUCUUCCUUUCCAUGCUCAACAACCGUUCUCCGGCAUCUUUUCACCGCAACCGAGUGGUUCACCGCAUGGCCAUUCAAGACAUCCGUCCAACUCCUAUGAACGAUCUCCCCUUGACACAGGCGCUCAGCCGUUUGCGAUAUCCCGACCUAGCCCUAUCAAGCGUCCACCUAGUACUCAGCAAGAGCAGCAAAGCUCUCGAAGAGAUAUGGAUGACCUAAGCGCCCAAUUGGGUAGCAGUGCACUGCUGGAUGAUUCCGAUAUUCCCCUUACUUCCUCACAGCUCUCCCAGUCUCUCCCCGGGACAACGCCCGUUUCCUCAAUGCCAGGUCCGACGCGAGCCAGCUUUACCGGUUCCUCACUGUUUCCGGAACCUCUUAGCGUGGCCAAACAUGGCAAUUUCCCUGUCAGCCCUGUCUUGGGGGUAAAUACAUGGGGCGCGCAGAUGCCCUUUGGAGCCUCGUUCCCCGGUGGUCCAACAUGGGGAUACGUGCCUGCAACCAACAACUGGCCAACCAAUAACAACGCUUUUGGUAGUGGCGUGCAUCAUCGUGCGCACACGUCUCGGCCUGUCGCGAUUCGACUCAUGGUAAUUCAGGCCUGCAAACAACUGAGCACCAUGAGUCCUUCAAAGGGCACAGACGGCUAUCACGAUGUCAAUGCGGUUCUCCGGCAAGUCGAAAUCUUACGACCCUCGAAUGAGCCUGAGAUUUCUCUUCAGGAGAUGCUCGACAUUUGUGAUACAGAAGGGAACUCGCAUAAUGGAGGCGGGACGUUCUCGAUCAAAAGCGGCCGCCCCGGCGAUCUUGUUAAGUUCGAGCCAGACACCAACAACACAACUACCGGCCACCGCGGCAGCAUCGUCCCUGGUGAGAUUGGGAGUCCUGUUCCUAGCAGCACCAUCCCGGCCCUCGGUGGGAUUAAUCUCAUCUAG